AAAUCCGAACACCUCGGCCGUUUCUCCAGCGAGACAGGAUAAAAAUCUGGACGUUGCAAUUCUUGCAAAUGAAGUGCAAUCCCACGUUCAGGAAAUCUCAAAACUUUGCGGCGAAGGUUUUCAGUUUCCGUUUCCAAGCCACACAUCCGACCCAUGUUGCUGCUAAGCCAAUCUUCGCCUGGCGCUCUCUCACCGCCGUACUGCUCCCUUCCAAGAGCCCAUCUUCCCAAAUCAUCCGUCUGCCAUUUCCACUCUGCUAAGUCUCGGUUUUCCAGCAUCCCGUUUCACAGAAGCCAGAGAAGAGCCACUGUCCAGGCAAAUGCCCAAGGUGAAGGGAACCUGAAAGGCACGAGCCAGUUUCCAGCUGAAACGAAGCAAUCUGCUCAACAACAGCAGGAACCCGUGUUGGUCAAAGAAGAUAGUGUGCCUCUGGAGGGCGUUAUUCAGUUUGAGAAGCCAGGAUCUUCUCUUUUCUCUAAAUGGGGAAGAAUCGGGCUUCUUGCUGCUGGGGAUGUGCUGUGCCUGCUACUAUUCGCGGGUAUUGGGAGGUGGAAUCAUGGGUUGCCUGUUUUUGAAGCCGAAACUCUUCAAACCGCCGAUCCUUUUAUUGCUGGUUGGUUCUUGAGCGCUUACUUUUUGGGGGGUUAUGGGCCUGACGGAAGAGGAACUAACGGCCUUCAAAAAGCUGUUCUAGCUGCCGCUAAGUCGUGGGCCGGCGGCAUUCCGAUAGGCUUGGUUAUCAGAGCAUCGACGUCUGGCCAUAUACCCCCCACUGCAUUUAUAUUAGUUUCUGCUGGUACUACUGCUGUCCUGCUCAUUGGUUGGAGGACCCUGCUCAAUUCUCAAUUCCCUGAUGUUCAAGUGGAGGGGACGGAACAAGUAUACAAACGUGGAAAUCCAUUUGAACUUUUUGAGCUGCUGACAUCGUUGGUGAGAAGGUGGUAAACUUCCAUCUUUUAUGAAUAGGCGACUCUUGUAUUUGUGCAGAUAAUAUCUGCAUAUGUUACGGCUGUAAAAUAUGGGAGGCUGGCAGUCUCGUCAUGUUGAGGUUUACUCGAAUUUUUUGGCACUUGAACAUUGUACUAUUGAUGUAAAUUCCUGUUUCUGAUCC